UCAUUCGCACGCUGAAUUCAGCACGAACAAGACGCUUCUUUUAAACAGUCGGUCCUAUUCAUUUCGAUCAAAAUGAAACAGUACUCUGUCCUCGGUAAUAAGAAGAAAGUAACCAUGGAGGCUAACCCGACUAGUCUCAAGGUGGUUGGCAAUAAUUGUGUUGUGAGAGUGAAAAUAAAUCAAGGUGAAAUUGAAGUGAUCGGCAAUGACUGCCGUGUGGAGGUGGUCGAUAAUACUGGCAUCGUAAACUUAGUUGGCAGCGGUGGUAAAGUUAUCAUCACUAAGAGGUGGAAGGGAGACAAGGUGUCUAUGGUUGGACCUAAUUGCCACCUAAUGGUAAACGGCAAAGACAAGACAACUCCAACUUAUGAAGCUCAGCUGUCCCCGUUCAGCAAGGAACUGGAUGACGUCAUAGAAUCGAUCUUUUCUUUCGUGAUGCGAUGAUCGAUCAAUCGUGAUAUGG